GCGUCUUGUUGAACUAUCUUGAACUUCUCGGAUCUUAAUUCGCUUACUUAGAUAUCGUGUAACUCACCCCAAGAGUCCCGCGACCUGACAGUUGGUGAUAAGCUACCACGGGCAAACACGUACUCUGCUUACAGUGGUGCUCGGUAGAAGGGCCUGUACGGACGGAGCAAAAAAGCAGCGUGAACAACGCGGACGGAAGUGGGUUAAGGGAUCCCAGUGUCGAACCGAAAGCGUUUACUGAAAACUUUCGCGAACACUCGAGUGGCAGCUUCGAAACUGUCAGCACACAGUGUAAAGUUCGAAUUGAAAAUAUAUAAGGAAAACGACAAAAAGCAUCAAGGGAGCGUUAAGUGUAGAAUCGACGUCGCUGUUCUUGAGAAAGUGCCACGAUGCUGUUCAAGUCGAGCUUGUCCGCAGCUGUCAUUUUUGUAGCUCUUUGGGCCACUGGGCAGGCACAGGAGCCGGCCAGCGCAGUACUAACCCUAGCAGAGCAAGCAGCCCAGCAUAAGGAAAUGGUGUUACAGGUGUUGAGGAAGCGCUCAACUAGUCUGUUGCCUGAGAAUGCUUUUGUUGUCGCCGAUGUGCUUAUGGAGGCCGAAAACCAGCUGGACGCGUGCGCCGCGGCUCUGGAAGUCCACCAGCAGGUCUGGCAGUAUAAGGUGUGUGGAUCAGCCGCUCUGCAGCAAGGAUUGAACGGACUAAACGCACUUCAGGCCGCUAAUGGUGCGUCAGUGAACGCUGCAUUCUAGAACAGUUGUACGAAAUAAAAUGCUUGUGUGAAAGGAAAUAUUUUAUUUUUAGUAAACAAUCUCCAAUUCCUAGUACAGUACGAUCGUAGUAGGCUUUCUACCAUAUCAAUAAACAGUAAAAAAACGAUCGAACUCUAUCCCAAUGGCCGGUGGUCUGCGGCAUUGGGAGAGCUCGUC